AUUCAAAUUUUAUCAUUUAUUUAUCGCUUAAAGGUUAAAAUUGUGCAUUAAAAACAAUUUUCAGUUUGACAAUUUUAAAAAAAUUUAUAAACAAACGAAUUAAAUUCAGCAGUAUCAAAUAUAAAAGUUUUUAAUAAUUAAAUUUAAUAAUAGUAAUAUAUGACUCAUGCGCGUUUCAGUCAAUAUAUUAUCGGCCAUGUUCGUUGAUGUAUACCCCAAGUGCUGAAUAAAAUUCUUUAAUUUUCGGUAGUUUGUGUAAAGUUCCGGCCUAAAAAUGGCAGGGAAUCUGGGAAUGGAGCAACUUAUUCCAAUUGUGAAUAAGUUGCAAGAUGCUUUUACACAACUGGGUGUUCAUAUGACUUUGGAUCUACCACAAAUCGCAGUGGUGGGCGGACAAUCGGCAGGAAAAAGUUCAGUUUUGGAAAAUUUCGUAGGAAAAGAUUUUCUUCCAAGAGGAUCAGGAAUUGUUACAAGAAGACCACUUAUUCUACAGCUGAUUAACGCAAAUUCCGAAUAUGCGGAAUUUUUACAUUGUAAAGGUAAGAAAUUUGUGGAUUUUGAUGAAGUCCGUAAAGAAAUUGAAGCUGAAACCGACAGAGUUACAGGAAGCAAUAAAGGCAUAUCUAACAUACCCAUUAACCUGAGGGUAUAUUCACCCAAUGUGCUGAAUUUAACUCUUAUUGACUUACCUGGUUUAACUAAAGUCCCUAUAGGCGAUCAACCUGCAGACAUUGAACAGCAAAUAAGAUCAAUGAUACUGCAGUUUAUAAAAAGAGAAUCCUGCUUAAUUUUGGCAGUAACACCUGCCAAUACGGAUUUAGCCAAUUCUGACGCGCUUAAAUUGGCCAAAGAAGUCGAUGCUCAAGGUCUUAGAACAAUUGGUGUGAUAACUAAGCUGGAUCUUAUGGAUGACGGUACCGAUGCUCGUGAUAUAUUAGAAAAUAAAUUAUUACCUCUAAGGAGAGGCUAUAUCGGAGUUGUGAAUCGUUCUCAGAGAGACAUUGAAGGAAGGAAGGAUAUAAACGCGGCGUUGGCAGCUGAAAGGAAGUUUUUCCUUAGUCAUCCCUCUUAUCGACAUAUAGCUGAACGUUUAGGUACACCGUAUUUACAAAGAGUUCUGAAUCAACAACUUACCAAUCACAUCCGAGACACUUUACCAACUUUAAGAGAUAAAUUGCAAAAGCAACUGUUGCAAUUGGAAAAAGAUGUCGAUCAGUUCAAGCAUUUCAGACCGGACGAUCCAUCUAUCAAAACAAAAGCCAUGUUACAGAUGAUUCAACAGCUCCAAGUGGAUUUUGAUAGAACGAUCGAAGGAUCCGGAUCAGCUCAGAUAAAUACUAUGGAAUUAUCCGGUGGGGCUAAAAUAAAUCGAUUAUUUCACGAAAGGUUCCCCUUCGAAAUCGUCAAAAUGGAAUUUGACGAAAAGGAAUUGCGUAGAGAAAUCGCUUUCGCUAUAAGAAACAUUCACGGUAUCAGAGUUGGUUUAUUCACACCUGAUAUGGCUUUCGAAGCUAUAGUUAAAAAACAGAUAUCUAGAUUGAAAGAACCGUCUUUAAAAUGUGUCGAUUUGGUAGUUCAGGAAUUAUCGAAUGUGGUCAGGAUGUGUACGGAUAGGAUGGCGCGUUAUCCUCGUUUGAGAGAAGAAGUCGAAAGGAUCGUUACGACUCACAUUAGAAGCAGGGAACAAUAUUGUAAAGAGCAGCUGUGUUUAUUAAUCGAUUGCGAAUUAGCUUAUAUGAAUACCAAUCAUGAAGAUUUCAUCGGAUUUGCGAAUGCGCAAAGCCAAUCGGAAAGCGCGGCAGCCAAAGGUACCCGCGGUACUCUGGGUAAUCAAGUAAUAAGAAAGGGUUACAUGUGCAUCCACAAUUUGGGUAUAAUGAAAGGAGGUUCCAGAGAUUAUUGGUUCGUUCUUACAUCGGAGAGCAUCUCUUGGUACAAAGACGAAGAGGAAAGGGAAAAGAAAUACAUGUUACCUUUAGACGGUUUAAAAUUGAGAGACAUCGAACAAGGUUUUAUGUCUAGAAGGCACAUGUUUGCUAUUUUCAAUCCGGACGGUAGAAAUGUUUAUAAGGAUUAUAAACAACUUGAAUUGAGCUGUGAAACUGUCGACGAAGUAGAUUCUUGGAAGGCUUCGUUCUUAAGGGCUGGAGUUUAUCCUGAAAAGCAAACGGAAACGUUAAACGGAGAGGAUUCUUCGGGAGAGAGCGUAACAAGUUCGAUGGAUCCCCAAUUGGAACGUCAAGUAGAAACUAUAAGAAAUUUGGUCGACAGCUACAUGCGUAUCGUAACAAAAACAACAAGAGAUCUCGUACCUAAAACAAUAAUGUACAUGAUUAUAAAUCAUACCAAAGAAUUUAUAAACGGGGAACUGUUGGCCCACAUAUACGCCAGCGGAGACCAAUCUCAAAUGAUGGAAGAGGCUCCGGAAGAAGCUCAAAAACGCGAAGAGAUGUUACGUAUGUAUCACGCUUGUAAAGAAGCCCUAAAUAUUAUAGGGGACGUUUCUAUGGCUACGGUAUCUACUCCGGUACCUCCUCCGGUGAAGAACGAUUGGUUAGCUAGCGGGCUUGAGAAUCCUAGAUUGUCACCGCCUAGUCCUGGGGGACCAAGAAAACCGACGCCGCAGAUGGGCGUCGUCGGAUCUAGCGGUUCUCUUGGAUCUAGGGCUCCGCCUCCGCCUCCCAGUAGUGGCAGGCCGGCUCCUGCUAUACCUAAUCGACCAGGUGGCGGCGCUCCUCCAAUGCCCCCGGGUAGGCCACAGGGGCAAUCACUUCCAGCACCUCUAAUUCCAACGAGGCGUUAAAAACGGCAUUUAAUAUUUAGUAAACAUUAUAUUUCACCAUUAUACAUUUAUAUAAAUAUAAUAAAAUAGCAACCGGUUGCAUAAUGGAUUUUUUUUUUCAAUUUCCAACUCGAUUGAUAUUAUGAAUAAUUUUGCCAAAUAUUCAAAUUGUUUUCCAGUAAUAAACGUCAAUUAUGCAACUUUUGCUGAUUACAUUGUUGAAAUUAUAUAUAGGGUGCUAUGUUAUAUGAUGUCAAGCUUGAAUUAGAAACGUGUUUGUUUUUUUUUUUUUUGUAAAAGAUACUGUUAAAUUGUGAAUAUUGUUCAUGUGUUGGAUUUUUUUUGAAAGUGAGAUAUCUUUCGAAUUAAUAUUACAAUUAAUUUUUCUUUUUGUGAAUUUAUGUAAUUUAUCGAUGAAAGAAUAUCCCAAUUUCAAAUCAAUCUAUAUAUAUGUAUACCGACUUUCAAUUAUUAAAAUGAAAUAAUCCUUAUACCAGCACCGAUAAUUAAAAAAAUAAUAAUGUUUUGAAUUUCUAAUGAUUUUUUUUUUCAAAAAUAUGUGUUUAUGGUAAACCAUUAGCUGCUAUUGCUUUUAAUCUGUUUUCGGCAGUAAAUUUUUCUUUUUACAAUAUUUUCUAUUCGCUUCAUCAUUUUUAAUGAUCCCAAACCUACUAUUAACUGAAUCCAAUGUUUUGAAUAUAUUAAGAAUUCUCAAAAGAUCUUUCGAAACCAAUAACUGUGAGGCAUCUUUCGAAACCAAUAACCGGGAGGCAUCUUUCGAAACUAAUAACUUCAGGGCAUCUUUCAGAUCUAAUAAUUGUGAGGAAUUUUUAAAACCAAUAACCGUGAGACCAUCUUUCGAAACCGAUAGUCAUGAAGCAUCUUUCGGAUCUAAUAAUUGUGAGGAAUUUUUAAAACCAAUAACCGUGAGACCAUCUUUCGAAACCGAUAGUCAUGAAGCAUCUUUCGGAUCUAAUAAUUUUGAGGUAUCUCUUGAAACCACUAACUGCUCAUUUACUUUCCUUUUCUGCCCUCUCAGAUCAACAUUAGGAAGCUGAAAACAAUUUUUCACAAAUUAUGUGUUUAUGGAGUUUCACAAUAUGAAAUGAUUAUUAGUAUACUUGAUAAGUUUUGAUUUUUCUAGUUUUCCUAGCAGGUGUUAUUGAAACUAAAAAAAAAACUGGUAUAAUUAUUAUAAACACAAUCAUGCUUAUUCACCCAAACGGUGUUUAAAUCAUUUAGUGUACAUUUGAACUACUAUGUUAGUCAGGGGCAAAGAAAAAUUGAAUUAAAAAAUAAAUAAAUUGACUGUCUGAAGAUGCUUGUCGUUGUUGAAUACAUUCAAGGUUCAUUUGAACUACUUAUUCAAUUCAAUACUGCAUUCCUAUUUUUUUAUAGAAUUUUAGGUACAUUCGAACUACUUAGUUACUUCUGUCGGUGGUACAACUGAAUUAGUGUAAAGUUUGAGGUAAUAGGUUCAUUUGAACUACCGUGUUAUUUCAUAUCAGCCGAAAAUAGAUUAUUAAAGUACUUAUCGAAGGUUCAUUUGAACUACUAAGUUAGAUCUGCUUGUAAUAGAACGUUUUUAGUACAUUUUUUUGCAAAAACGAUUUGCUAUUGAAUUAUUUCAUGCUAAUAUUGAAAAUGUAGCUUACUUAGUGAAUGAGAAAAAAAUAAAAAAAUCUCAGAGGAUGAAAGUGAUAUCUAUAUGUCUGUCUCUCGUGUGUAUAGUCGAGCCGGGGGUCAACAAGGUCUGGGGGGUAUACAAGUACCCCAGCAAGUACAGAUGGCUGUAGGAAGAGCCGUUACCAAUGCGGCCAUCAACGAAUUAUCCAACGCCUUUAAAUUCAAUAAGUAAUUUUUUUUUUCUUAUUUUUUUUUACGUGUUGUUUUAUAUAUAUAUAUAUUUGUAUCGAAUGAGAAAGUCGCAUGUGUCUAAUAUAGCUGUGAUAUAAAAGGAAAUUUUUUUUUCGGUUCUAGUGGCACUUUUUUUUUUUCGGUUUCAGUUUAUAAAAAAUUCACAUUCGACUUUCCCAUAUCAAGGACUGUCACUAACAUCCUAACGCCCAUUACUAACAUGUUUUUUUUUUUUUCAUAAAGUAUUAAUGCUGGGGAUUAUACAUAUGUUUAUAUACGGUAGUUGAAAUUUGGAAAAUUUUGAUUUUCAUUAUAAUUGGAAAUUUAUACAAAUGUCGAAAGUGAAAAAUGGAUUUUAAGCAACAUUUUUCAGAGCCAAAAUGAAAAUUUUGAUGUUAGUCACUGUAAAAGUGUUUGUGCAACGUUGCCAGACCUAAAAAGUAGAGUAGAAAUUGAAUAUUUUGGUUUUUAUUAUAUCUAUAGUCUGUUUGGAAAUGUGGACGAAUUUUAUAUGUCAAAAGUUGUGAUUUUUCCAAAAAAAAAUUGAAAAAAAAAUCAUGUUUGAGCAAGAAUUGAAUCUCGGUAUUAUAAAACUAUUCGGACAACGUUGCCAGACUUAAAAAUUAGAGUAAAAGUUGAAGAAAUGGAAUAGUUUGAUGUCAUCUGACGUUUCUACCAUAACUAUAGUCUAUUUGGAAAGGUAGACAAAAUAUUAUGCGAUUUCCCCAAAAAAAAAUCAAAGAAACUGGAAAAAAAUCAUAUCUGAGUGGGAAAUUGAAUCUAAAGCGGAAUUUUUCAGUCCCAAACCAUAAAAAUUGGUGCUUGUGAAAGAGAGAGUAUUGAAACAACGUUGCCAGACUUAUAAAAUUGAAUAUUUUGAUUUUUAUUAAAUCUAUAGUCUAUUUGGACUAAAACUUAUGUAUCGUAAGUUGGAAUUUCUUCACAAAAGACCCCAAAAAAUUAUAUUUGAGCAGGAAACUGAAUCUAAUGAAAACUAUUUCAACCUAAAAUUGAUACUAAUUUUAUAGAAAGUAUUUAAACAACGUUGCCAAACUUAAAAAAUAGAAUAGACAUUGAAGACUUGCGAAACAUUGAGGUUAAAAUUAUAAAUAAUCGAUGGAUCGAUUCCAAACUCAAUUAUAACAAAUUAUUUAACGUAAAAAAAACACCAUAGAUAAAUUUAAAUAUACAAAAUCGCAGUCUCUAUCAAUUUUAACUUAUUUUGAGGUUAACGGUGCAUCUUUUAAAGCCUAGGUAUCAUUUUUCAAACAAACUACAAAGUUAUAACGAAAUUUUCUUUAUUUUAAUCCAACUACCGUAUAUACAGUAUGUCACAAACAUUAUUAAACGUUAUUGAUGAUGUAUAAGAUACGGAAAAACCAAUAAACGUAUAUCGAUUUAAUACAAAAAUCGAAAUAUUGAAAGUAGUGCUUAAAACAAAUUUUAAACAAAAAUUGUUGAUGUAUAUACAUAAAGAACAAACCAAAAAAAAAUAUGCCUUAGUGAUAUCUAAACAAACAACCAUACGGUACAUUCCAGAUUUAGAUUAUUAGUCGGAACUAGCUUCGUAGUAACUAUAUAUAUAUUUAUAUAUAUAUAUAUAUAUAUAUAUAAACAUGAAUUACACACAAAAAAAAACGAUGUGCAUCACGUGACGCACAUAAUUUUAUCUAAAGAUGUUCUUCCGUGCUAAAUUCGCCUAAAUUCGAUGUCUAUAAUCUACUUAGCAUAUCUUAAUUGGAUCUGAUUACCGAAAAAAAAUAUUUUCCCGACGAUUUAUUCGAUAUUUCUCCAUUAUCAAUUCCGGGGAAUCGAAUUUCGUUAUGUGGGUCGUCGAAAAAAUAUAGUGUACAAUACGUUAAGAAACUGGUUAUUUUAUGCAGUGAACCGUCGAUUUUUUUGUUUCAAAUUCGAUUUUUUUGAGAUUACGUUACCAUUUACAAAAAAAUAUAUCACGUGAGACUGAUUUUCAGUCAGAUUUUUUCCUUUGGGUAACAAAAAAAUUAUUGUCUUUUUGGCAUCAAUUUUUUAAACAAAUUACGAGGUUUUCCCAAAAAAAAAAUCAAAUAUUUUUAUCGAAAACAAUACCACCAAGUCAUUUCUUCAAACUUUGGUAGAAAAAAUAGUCACCCGAGUAUAAAUCGGGAUAAUAGAUGGUAUGAGAGAACAGUAGAUGGUCUGGAGCGAAACUCGUGAAAAAAAAUAUACAAGGCAGAUAAUAAUAACCAUGUCUGAUAACCAAACAGUCAUCGAAGCAUCGAAACAUCCUUAUACGGACCAGAAACCUUUUCGAAGAGGUAUAAGAUAAAGAUAUUGAACACACCAACACUCACAAUUACACCGUCUGACCCAAGUUUCGUUAAUCAAGUUCUGCAGAUUGUUAGAAAAGGAAAAAUCACUAUUAUAUGGGUCCCCAUCAUGUAUCCUUCGACUAAAUGACCAACAGAUCCCAAUGGUUCGCACCGGGGAUGAGUUAGAUUAAACACAAGACUUUGUAUCUCUUUCUGGGUUACAUUUGUGGAAUUUUAUUAAAUUUAAAUGGGAAA